CACACUUCUCAACAGCUGUGGAGACACUGCGGAGCUGGAUUACUUCAUUUGAGUCAGGAAACUUGGAGACGCACACAGGGCAGCAAGUGUAGGAGAGGCUCACCAAGGCAUCCUCCCUCUGCAGACACAGGAGUGGGAGUGGGAGAGAAAGAAGAACAAACGUAUUUCAGUAACAAAAGUGUGUUGACUAGAUAUCCUUCAUUAUCCUGACGGUGAGGGAGCACCAGCCUCCAGAGACAUGGCACAGGCCACUGACACAAGCAACAAUGUACGCCACCGGGACACCUCAGCAGCACACGCAGCAGCAGCCAACAAAGACCACAACCACCACCCCACAGAAAAUGGCUUCUCAACACCUGGAGUAAAGCCUGCUGAGCUCCAUACAGAUGACCUGAGGAACUGGAGGAAGCACGUGGAGCAAGUGAAGGCGGGGGUCCUGGAGGAGGUGCAGGACCAGCUGAGCGGCCUGCUGGACAGAGCCAUCACCGAGUCCGUCGAGUCCUUCUCCCAACGCGCCAACGGACAUGCGGAGGGCAACGGGCCCAAGAACGCCCCCCGAAUGCACAAAGAAGGCGAAGGGAAAGUUUUCGUUGCCAGACAGUCUUUACUUGAUGAUCUGUUUGAGAUCAGCCACAUCAGGACCAUCUUCCACAUGUUCAUCGCUGCUCUCCUCCUCUUCAUCAUCAGCACCUUAGUGGUGGACUUCAUCGACCAGGGCAGGCUGGUUCCUGAGUUGGACCUCUUCUUCUACGCCUUUGGCAAGCUGUCGGUGGUGCUGUGGUCCUGGAUGUUCAUGUUCGCCUACACGUUGCUGGGCCCCUACUUUGCGGUGUCGGUGUGGGCCGAGCUGUACCACGCCAGCUCCUGGAAGCGGCUGGUGUCGGCGGGGGCGGCCCUCGUGCUGGGGGCGGUGGAGGCUGCCGUGCUACUGGUCUUCCCCAUCUACAUCGUCCUGCACCACCAGCUGCCCCCCGCCUCUCGCUUCAUUCUCACACUGGAACAGAUCAGGUUCUUCAUGAAGAGCUACUCUUUCAUCAGGGAGACGGUGCCAACUGUCAUCCAGAACAAGCCUAAAGAAGGGUGCCCACCAAAGCUGCCCACCCUCUCCAGCUAUCUCUACUUCCUGUUUGCUCCCACUCUCCUCUACAGGGAAUCCUAUCCCAGAAACUCUCACAUCAGGUGGAGCUACAUCGGAUUCAAUUUAAUAAAGAUCAUGAGCAGCAUCUUCUACCUGAACUUCAUCCUGGUGCGGCUCUGCAUCCCCGUCUUCACCAAUGAGAACAGGGGGCCCUUCACCACCAAGUCCAUGGUCCUGGCCAUGUUCCACGCCACCCUGCCAGGUAUGUUGAUGAUGCUGCUCGCCUUCUAUUCCUUCCUGCACUGCUGGCUCAACACCUUCGCAGAACUACUGCGUUUCGCUGACCGCAUGUUCUACAAGGACUGGUGGAACUCAACGUCUUUCACAAACUAUUAUCGCACCUGGAACAUCGUGGUUCAUGACUGGCUCUUCUAUUACGGCUACAGGGACUUCCUCAUUCUGUCCAAGCGCAAGUUCCGCUCGGCGGCCAUGCUGAGUGUGUUCGCCAUGUCUGCGCUGGUGCAUGAGUACGCCCUCACCAUGUUCUUCGGCUUCUUCUACCCUGUCAUGUUCUGCACAUUCGCCAUCAUCGGAGUCAUGUUCCAGUUUGCCAUAAAUGACAAGCGCAAGAGUCACUUUUGGAACAUUAUCAUGUGGACGAGCCUCAUGCUGGGGCAGGGCAUCCACGUCUGCCUCUACUGCCAGGAGUGGUACGCUCAGAUACGCUGCCCUCGGACUGGGACUAGCUUCUGGGAGCUGGUAACACCGAGGUCUUGGAUUUGUGACUACCAGUAAUCUAAGUGAGCCUCAUGGAAUGAAUGGGAGCUUCGACCAGCCAUCUUCACACGUCCCUCUGCCUCAACUGUAUAUAUUUAUAUGCUACACUAUGUCCUAUUGUAACCUUUUCAUUGAAAAAAAAAGAUUCUUGUACUCAUUUUAGUGAAAUAAUUCUAACUGUAAAUAGUCUAUUUAGGGGAGGUUUCUUAUCAACUUAAAUUAUCAAAUGUGUUCUUUGAGAGUGCACAUUUCUGUACAUACCAAUAAAACAGUCAAUACGAGUAUGUGCCUAGUGUGGUAUAAUUUCAUCAAAGCCCUAAAAUAAAAAAAUUAAAACAAGUCUUAUUAUUACCUAUUCAUGUUAAAGUGUAGA